AUGACCACGUCACGGCGAGGGCAGCAGAUUGCUCGAAAAGCCUGCGAUGGUUGCCGUGAUAGGAAGAUCAAGUGUACAUGGGCUGAUGGGGCCGAAAGCGAGUCUCGGUGUGAUGGGUGUAUGACAGCAGAAAUUUACUGCACAUUCCAAAUGACCCGGAAGCGAAGGGGACGUCCUCAACGAGAUCUUGAAAGAUUCAGACAAACACAAGUUGUUCAGAAUGACUUGCCAAGUCCGAGACUUCAUCACCAAACUCUGCCAUUGAACACGCAGGUGGCGAUCGAGCACUUUUGUCCUAUACAGAUCUUCCACCAAAUCAUUGAAGACUUUUUGCAUGAUCUGUAUCCCAUCGCUCCUCUAAUUCAUGUCCCAUCCUUCAAUUUUCAGAUUCAAGAAAGUCUGUACCAGACGGACCCGAAAUUCCUUCGCCUUUGCUUGUCGCUCUGUGCGAUGACAAUUGCCUCUCUUCCGCGAAAAGCAAACAUUUACCGCUUUGGACAUUACACCAGUACAAAAGGUAUGGUAAAUAGAGCGUGCGUAUUGGUGACGGCUAGUCGGCUUGCUACAUCACCAGACUGGGCAGAAACGCCGUCGGUCAAUGAUCUGAUAUGCUCGCUGUUUCUUGGAAUGGCAAGCCAUUACGCCCAGUGUCCAAGACAAGGAUGGAUUUUGAUAAACGAAAGCAACCAUUGUUGUAGGUCCCUCAAUUUGUGCCACCAAGAUGGCUACAGAGACUUGGAUGCUGUUCAAGCUGAGAUUUGCAAAAGAGCUUUCUGGAUGCUGUACAUUGUCCAGAUACAUGAUCGAAUUUCACAUCCGGAACCUUACACUUUGAUCGGAGAGAUUCCUAGCUCUGCAGAUUGGGACUUCCUCCUUCCCAUCUCCGUCUCAGAUAACGAGUUGGGUACAGCUUCGUUGAACGCGCUUGAAGUAACAACUACGCCCAGUAUAGCAGGCUUUGUCACCCUCGUCAGGGUCUUCCGCUGCUUGCGAGGUCUUCUUUCUGUACAUGUCACCAACACUUUCUUCCAACCAAACUCUCAGACACAACAGAGCCACUUUCUCUCCCCAGCGUCUCUUCUGGCCACCUUCACUGCUCUCUCCUCGGCUCUGGAUGACAUUCCACCAGAGCUCAACAUCCUUGAAUUCCAAAGACAUCCCGAUCAACAAACUCGAGAAAGCAACCACUUUAAUAUCAUGAAAUCAAAUAUUUACAUCACUAAGCUUUAUCUUCAAUGCUGGAUCCUCGACCGCUAUCUCAGCAUCCUCCCACCCGUUACCUCGCCACAAUCCCCCACUUCAACACGUUCUGAGGCUCAGCGGCUUCGAAGUUACAGGCAGGAUAUCACUCGACAGGCACUUCAAGUACUGAAGUUCUCUUCCCAGAACACUCUGGAAAGUCAUGGUGAGAGCAUGGUGAUCAAGAUUCGAGAGAUAGCAACGAGCCUCUUGGAGCAGGAGCAGGAAAAUGCUGGGUCACAAACAACAGUUGACGGACAAGAUGGUGACUUGAGGAGCGAGACUGAUGAGAGUGGAGCAGGCGGUGGAAAUGAUUGUGUGAUGGCGUCGUUUUUGCACAUUUUGGCUGCUUUGGAUUAUGCUCAUCGGCAAGCGGUUGACAUAUAG